AUGACACCUAAGCAAAAAGUAAAGGGAAACGCAGGUGCACUUACCAAUUUCGAAGUGCUUGACUUCCUAAACUCAAGAGGUGCAUCAAAAGAUACUACAAGAGUUAUAGCUCCAAUUGCUAGAUCAGAAUACAAGGUCUAUGAUUAUUUGGUGGAGACUGCUGCUUGCACUCAAACACGAGAGUGCGUUAACAAAUUCGCCGAAAAGUGUAAAGGUUUCAAAGUCGUGAAAGCUGAGAUUCUCAAUAUCAUCAAUCUUCGGCCAUCUUCUAUUGUCGAAUUAAUGCCGAUCAUAGAGAAGCCUGAUGAUCGGGAAAUCGACUCAGAUGGGAUACUAGAGCUAGUGCASGAGUUGCUACCGCCUCUUCCUACMUCRGAAAWCCCUAAAGAAGAUGACCAAGAGGAAACAGAGAACGGUGAACAAUCGUAA